CGAACUUGCGUUCGAACUUAGUAGUCAAUGAUGGCGGCCGAAAUUUUCUGUGAUAUUUUACUUAACAUAAAUUCGGGCCGACUUAUAUAAAAAAAAGUAGUAAUAAAACCAUAUUUGGUGCAAUAUUCGAUAAGACUGUAUUACGUGGGUGCGAAUAAAGUAAAGUGCAUAAUUUUUACCGAUAUUUGUGUAGAAGAGAAGCAGCAGCAGCAGAAUAUUAUAGAACAAAAAAAAAUCAACAACACACACUCUCUCUCUCGCAGUUUGUGUACUAUGUGUAUGGUGUACAAAAUAUAGUCAGCAAGAAAAAAAACCUUUAAGUUCGCAACCGUCGUCGGGUCGGUUCAUAGAAUGCGACAACCAGCAGUUUAUGUUUAGUACGUCGUCGUUUGUGCAUUGUUGUUGCCAAGGUGCAUCUGUGUGCAUCUGUGUGUUCGUCCAAUCGCAUUCAAAAUAAAUAAAUAAAAAAAAAACUUAUUUAAAUGUAACACAGUGUACCCGUUUAUAGAUAUAUAUUAAAACAACAACAACAUACAACAACAACAACAAAAAUUGAAUAAAAAUUUGAACAUUUUAUGGAUUCGAAGUCCCCACAGUAACGAGAAUAAACAAGGAACACAGAAAGUAAAUUUCAAAACUAAAAAAUCUACACAAGAACCGAAAAGACAACAACACUAAAUAAAAUUAAGAAGCAGAGAAAAAAAAUGAAUUUUGUGCAAAGAUAAUGAAUUUUCAUGUGUGAACUGAAACUGCAAAGAGGUGCAAAAUAUAUACCGUGUGUGUACAUAGGGAGCUUUGUGUGUGUUUUACUUUUUUUUAAGUAAAUACCAAAGUUUAACCUACUUUUCGUGUGUAUACCAUCUAAAUUUUAUGGUUGUUUUACUUGAAUACGUAACGGGUGGUGUGUGUCGUGUUUUAUUCCCGUUCCAUUCUGGUUCCAGCAAUUGAAUACAACUUACAAUCAUCCCUAAUAUCCGCCAUAGAUUCGAUAGAUAGUUUUUUUUUGUCUUCGAAAGAAAGUGUCUAAAUAUUGACCGUGACUCGUUUUGUUUGAAUCAACUUUUUUUCGUUCAUUUUGUUGUUGUUGUUUUGUUUAUAAAUUCGGAUUAUUCGGGCGCUCUCUGUGUGAUCACCCAUGGGUGAUAUUGAUAUAAAAUUAACGUCAUCAAUCGAAUCGAAGGAUAGCAAUUCCAAGUCGACAUACAGUAGCACAACAGCAGCAGCAACAACAACAUUUAGUCAACAAUUAAACGAAUCAUCUGAUAUACAGCUUGGCACAUCUCAUUGUACCAUGACAAAUACAAUGCCGACGACAACGACAACUAUUUUAACCAAUGCUCAUCCAUCUGCAGUCACCGAAGAUAGUAUAUCAUCACCAUCUACGUCAUCUUCGUUAGCAAUGACACCCACAUCCACAACAACCGUUAUAGCAGCUACAUUCGCAGAUUGUGUCAGUGCAUCAUCAACUGCAAAUGCACAACAUCCACAAUCAAGUGAGGACAGCGGUCUGACACCGUCGUCGACGUCAGUAAUGCUCAAUGGAACGAACAGUUUUAAUAAUUCGAAUAUAAACAAUAAUACGAUCGAUACGUUAGACAUAAAAUUAGCCGCAUCGACUGAAUCAUCCAAAUCGCCCGAUCUAUGCUUGUCAUCGUCGUCUUCUAGCAUAAAUGGUGCUGUAGCAUCGUCGUGCGGCUACACAUCGAAUCCGGAACAGGGUUCCGGAGGCGGUGGUGGUGGCGCAAUGUGGUCGAACAUCGAUGACGGAUCUCAUAUGUCACUGAAUGGUUACAAUAACUACCAAAAUUACACUAGUUCGCCGAUGUUCAAUGGUGCGUCUCCUAAUAGCAUCGCGGCAGCUAUAUCUCAACAUAAUCGUCGGGCAAUAACAGCAUCACAUGGUGGCUAUCAACAGCCACAGCAGCAGCAGCACGGUCCACACGGCCUAUCACCGAACAGUAUGAAUCGAUCGAAUUCAAUGAUUCAAACCCAACCGCAAUCCCAACAACAGUCUCAGCCGAAACAGGUCGGAUUUAAUAAUAACUUUCCGACAUGGUCGAAUCCACCGCCUUGGCCAUCCCAACAACAACAACAACAACAGCAGCAGCAGCAACAACAACAGCAACAAAACAUGCAAUCAUGGAACCGAGGCCGAUCCGUACCGAAUCUAAAUCCAAUGACAAAUGUAUUACCGAAUCGUAAACCAACAUCACCCAAUCCCGGACUGUCACCAUCCGCAUAUUCGGCACAACAAAAUGCAGCUAUUUCACCGUCGAAAUAUCGUCGCAGCACAUCGUUUCCAGGCAAAGUGCAAGGUCAAGGCGGCUAUCCGGGACCGAUGGAUGUUCAGGGCGGCAUUGACGAUGGACGUGAAGCCUUUAUGCAGUAUCAGGAACGUAACGGAAUGGGUAAUGGUUUAGACAUGAGAUCAUUAGAACACUGUCUUAGUGACUUAAUGCGAGGAUGUGGAGAUGGUGCGGGUCCACCUGAUCAUUUGAAAGGUUACCUGAAUAAUCCUAAUACACUUCAGUCAUUGGCGCAGUUACACGGCAAACCGUACUAUGGAGGUGGAAUGGACGAUCAUAUUUCGGAAGAAGCUGGUGGCUAUGUAGAUGGUUCAGCAAUUCCGUUAGGAUCGCCGGCACGAUCAUCACCACAAUCUCUCGGCUCGGAAGUAACCGAACGAUUCUCAAGGAAAGUUUUCGUCGGUGGACUGCCGCCUGAUAUCGAUGAAGAUGAAAUUACUUCAUCGUUCCGUCGAUUCGGUCCACUAGUAGUUGAUUGGCCUCACAAAGCUGAAUCUAAGUCAUAUUUUCCACCCAAAGGAUAUGCGUUCCUUCUGUUUCAGGAUGAGAGCAGUGUACAGUCGCUUAUCGAAGCUUGCAUCACAGACGACGAUAAAUUGUAUCUGUGCGUAUCGUCACCGACCAUUAAAGACAAGCCCGUUCAAAUCAGACCAUGGCGUUUAUCCGAUGCCGAUUUUGUGUUAGAUGCCUCGAUGCCAUUAGAUCCACGGAAAACGGUUUUCGUUGGAGGCGUUCCACGGCCACUGAAAGCUGUUGAACUGGCGAUGAUAAUGAAUCGUUUAUACGGCGGUGUAUGUUAUGCUGGUAUCGACACGGAUCCAGAAUUGAAGUAUCCAAAAGGCGCUGGACGCGUUGCAUUCUCCAAUCAACAAAGUUACAUAGCGGCCAUCUCAGCUCGUUUCGUUCAGUUGCAACAUGGCGAUAUUGACAAGCGCGUAGAAGUCAAACCGUACGUUUUGGACGAUCAAAUGUGUGAUGAAUGUCAGGGACAAAGAUGUAGCGGCAAGUUUGCACCUUUCUUCUGUGCAAACGUUACAUGUUUGCAGUACUAUUGUGAACACUGUUGGACGACCAUUCAUUCUCGGCCGGGUCGCGAAUAUCACAAACCAUUGGUCAAAGAGGGUGCCGAUCGGCCACGUGCAGUACCAUUUCGUUGGUGUUAACGCCAACUGUACGAGACGUUAAAUAAAACAAGUUGAUGGGUAAAAGAUAAAAGAAAAAUCAACCAAGAAACAAACCAGCUACGAGGAAAAAAAACCCAAACCCAUAAAACAAUUUCUAGACACAAUUUCUAGAUACAAAUUUUUAUUAAAAAAAAAAAAAAAACUAAAACCAAAACGAAAAAAAAAAUUGAAAAUUAAUUUCAAAAGGAAAACAAAACAAGGAAAAAGAAAAAUCAAUAACACAUCAUCACACCACAACAAUUUCUAUUCGAUUGAAGAUGGAGAUGGAGGCGAUCAAUUUUUUUUUGUUAAUUUGUUUUGUGUUUUUGUUUUUCUUUCGUAUAAAUGUUAGCGAAGAAGAAAAAUUGUUCCCGAUUUUUCUUAUAAAAUUAAGUUUUUUUUUUGUAAGUAAUAAUCUUACUUUCUCGAUGAAAUACGGUUUUUGAAGUUAAUAUUUAUCGGAAUGGUUUUCAUAAUCAUCCAAAAUAAGGCGUGCGCGCGCCCUCGCAUUCUUUUUUUGUUUGUUUUGUUUUUUUUUUUCAUGUUAUCCGGGUGUUUAUAUAUUUAAAUAAAAAAAUAUGACCGGAAGUAGUGUGCGAUCACACGCGCGAUUCAUGUGCAAUUUAUUGUUUUUCGUUCAACAAACAAACAUUUAAACAAAGAAGUAAAAAGGAAAUCAAUUUGAUUCACUUUGAAUUUCUCGUUAAUUUCUUUUAUACAAAAAAAGGAACAUUUUGUUGUGAUAUUCUCGUGGAAGAAAAAUGAUGUUUGAAAAGCAUCAAAAACCGAACUUCUAAUUUUAAAAGAAGAAAAAGAAACA